AUGGAGCAUAUACAUGGCCAGGAGAGGAAGAAUAGGGAGGCCAAGAGGCUUCGAGAUUCUGGAGAAUUUAGUGGUGCUCGUGCUGCAGUUUCAGCUCGUCAUGGCCGAGGUUAUGUGAGUCGACCAGUUCAUUCAACACUUCCAGCUACUCAUAGUGCUCCGGCUAUUCCGAGGGAUACUGCUGGUCAAGAGAGAUUUAGGAGUCUUAUUCCGAGCUACAUUAGAGAUUCUUCUGUUGCUGUCAUUGUAUAUGAUGUUGCCAGUUACUGGUGUGUUGGUGCUCCAAUUAUUGCAAUUGUGAGCACCAGCAUCGCAAUUGCGAUCAUAGCAGAGGGGUCUCAGAUCGCACUUGCGACUUCUGCACCUGAACAUAAGGGGCUGGAAAAAAGGGAUUGA